UGCUACACGUCGGUUUUAAUUUAUAUUUCUGCGUCGUUGUCCGAGAGACUUUGCAUACAUUGCGCAUGUGUCUUCUCUCAAGCGGCAUUGCUAUGGUAACAGUAAACAGCCUUGAACUGAAGCUUUUUCUUUUGGGGUUGUUCCCUCUUAUCUAUUUAUUAAACUCAAGUUUAUCAUGACAGACGUUGGCUCUGAAGAGUUUGACGACGAGCAAGGCUCUCAAGGGGAGUAUGAGGGAGACAGAAAUGAAGCUGGAGAGAGACACGGACAGGGCAAAGCUGUCCUGCCUAAUGGAGACACUUACCAAGGAACAUAUGAAAACGGCAAGAGAUGUGGCCAGGGGACAUAUAAGUUCAAGAAUGGGGCCAGAUACAUUGGAGAAUGGUACAUGAAUUUAAAACAUGGACAAGGCAUAUUUUAUUACCCAGAUGGCUCCAAAUAUGAAGGAAGCUGGGUGAAUGACCAUAAGCAGGGUCAUGGUUUUUACACAUACCCUAACGGAGACACAUAUGACGGUGAAUGGCUGCAACAUCAAAGACAUGGGCAGGGUACAUACACAUAUCAUGACUCCGGUUCUCAGUACAUGGGCAGAUGGAUCAUGGGUAAAAUGGAGUCAGCCGGGGAGCUCAUCCAUCUCAACCACAGACAUAAGGGCAACUUUGUCAAUAAUAAUCCCUCUGGUCCAGGGAAGUAUGUGUUUGACAUUGGGUGCGAGCAGCAUGGAGAGUACCUCCAGAAAGAUCCGGAUAAAGGAGAUGCUGAGGAAGAUGACCCUGCUUUAACCACCACCUUGAAGUGGAAACCCAAGGCACUUACUGGGUUUUCUGUUUGGGCCAAUGAGAAUUCUGCCCCGUCAGAUGUGAUGGAAGAAUGAGAAAGACACCCAAAAGAUAAGAAAAAGAGGACCUUUAGAUAAUUUAUACCUGAAUAUACAGUAUCUGUCACUUCUCAUGUUUGGGGAUAAUUAAAAAUAUUGUAACACGUGCAUUGUGCAUUGCUAGUUAUUGUUAGUUAAUCCAUUAACUAAUGGGACAUUGUUGUAUAGCAUUACUGCAAAAUAUAUUUUUGGAGGCCCUGAUAACUGAAACGUGUUGUAAUUUCAAAAACAGCAGAGGGCGCAAUAAACAAGCCAAAAAUGACCUUUCAAUGUAGUGUUGAACCAAAAAACAAUUUUGAUGUUUUUUAUUCAUUAAAACAAACUAAAGCGAAUGUCUGCGCCCUUCAUUAUUUUGUGUUUAAUUGAGUAAAUGUGGCUUGUAACUAAUCUGUAACUAAACUUUCCCAAUCUAAAGCAUGUUCGAGGAGCACCUCUUUUGCACAUAUUUCUAAACCGUUUAAUCAUCAGAGAUUCAAUAAGGGUCUAAAACUGAUGUAGACAUAAUGUCUUGACAAAAAAAUCUGAAUCAAAAUGAUCUUUAAAAUACAGUAUCCUAAAAAAAGAUGUAACUUUUUUUUGUUAAGUUUAUAUAUCAUAAUGUCUCAGAAUAGAUAUACCUGUUUAUUUAUUUUUUCAUCCUUUUCGGGUGGUGAUUCUCAUUAGAUUCUAUUAAUGUAAUUCAAAUGUUUGUUUGUUUUCUUUUAUCAGAAAUGAAUGCAUAGCUUAUUCAACAAUUACUAAUGAUUAAAAAAGUUGACACUUGCAGCAGUAUCUUCA